ACGUCUCGUUGAAGUAAACUAAACAUCGCGAUACUUCAGCCGACCGUGAGGAACAGUGUGGAGCUCGCUGCGGUAGCUUCAAGCUACGCAGUGCCAAAAACUGUGAAAUAAGACGUUCUUCAGAGAGGAGGGGGUUCACCUGCACUUUUACAGAGUUUAUUCUUUGCAAACAAGACAUGAACUGACAUUCACUUCCUCCAACCCUUAAAGAACAAUCUUUUUUUUCCCUGCCUGCUUCGAUCUUUAUCUUGACUCGCCUGCACUGAAUCAUUUUGAAACCAGUGAGCAGAUCCACUUUGUGACGUCAUGUCUCAAAAGUCACAGUCAGACGGAGGUCAGAAACACUUUGCCGUGGGUCGGGGGCUCCUGGCCGCCGCAGAGACCUUGAACUUCAGCAUGAACGAACAGAGAUCCAGCCGGCAGAUGGGGGGCAUGUCCUCGGGUGUGGGUGGUGGUGGCAUGGAGGGCAAUGAUAGCGGCUCCCAGAUGUCCAGGCUUGGCAGCAGCAACCAUCUUGGCAGCACCAUGAAGCUGUUCGCCAGUUUAGGGCUGUCGCCCUCUGACCUGGAUGCUCUCGCUGAAAUCCCUGAAGAGGACAUCAGCGUUGAGACGCUGCCGCACAUCCUCAGGCAGCUCAAGAGCCGCAAGGGACAGGCAGGGGAGCGGAGGGCGUCUUCCAUGUCUUCCAUGUCCUCUGAGGCUGCAUAUCAAGGAGGAAGAGACAGCUGGGCUGACACACCCAUGGGGAGGAUAGGGGGUCCUUCUCUGGGUCAGGGUUCAACACGGGCCCAAACCUGUUCAGACUUUGGGUACAGUUCUCUGCAGGACGUCACUCCCAGCCGGGCCUAUAGCCUAAACUACAGCAGCAGCAGCAGUGGAGGAGGUGGGAGCAGGGAGAGGCUGUACUCUGAGCUUUCCCACCAUGAUUCCUACAGCAGCCUUGGCAUGGGCCUGUCCUCCUCAGACCCCAUCUUUAUGUCGAGGAGAAUCGGCCCCCCUCCACACAGAAAAGUCCAAGACUUCUUGGGAUCCAUGCCCCCCCUAUUCCCACAUGUGUGCUCUCUUUGUGACUUUGACGUUCGUUCCAUCAUGGAGUGGAACCAACACAACGAUGGACUUCGACAUGCUGAAAACAGACGGCUGCUGCUCAACAUGUAUCCAGAGUGGGACCCUGGUAUGUCGUCAGGCAGAGGUGGGGGUCUUCUGGAUACCCCCAACCUGUCGUCGGGGCUGCUGGGACCUGCCCCCAUGUCUUCCGCUCAGACAGCAGGAGGGAUGUCCUCCAGCUGGGGAGGAGGUGGAGGUCCUGGUCUGUCAGGAAAGAACCAGCCGAUACAGAAUAAGCUGAGGAGCAGGGUGGUGGUGGUGAAGUACGACAGGAAGCCGCUCAGCACCAAGACUCUGUUCGCCUUCACUGAGCCUUUUGGCGUCCUGAGGGAGCACCUGGUGCUGAAGAAUAAGGCCUUCUUUGAGAUGAACAGCCACGAGGAGGCUCUGGACAUGGUCAACUACUAUGAGCAGCAUCCAGCGUCUCUGUACGGCAAACCGCUCACCUUUUACCUGUCCAAGAGGCUGCUGGUCAUCGAGAAAGACGAGUGGGCAGCAGACAGGCCGUCUGACCGACCUGUCAGAGACGUCAAAGGUUACGGCAGCCAGGUGGUUUUCUUCUCCAACCUGCCCAGAGAGGAGGAGAAGAAGAUGGAGCUGCUGACCAUCGCUGCACGUUUCGGCACCGUGGAGAAACACCUGUUCUUAACCGACCAGGCGUUUGUCCAGCUCGGGACCCCCGAGGAUGCAGAGAUGCUGGUCAAAUAUUACAGCCUGAACCCGCUCACCAUCAAAGGACGACCCAUCCGCCUCAACAUCUGCACCAAGUACAAGACACUCAAUGUGAACAGGAGACAGGGAGGCGCUGCAGGAGACAGUCGAGGCCAGAGGAGCAGCAGAGCAAACACAAACUCCUCCUCCUCUGCCACUGGAACCAGAACCUCCUCCAGCUCCCUCAGGACCUCCUCCUCAUCCAAGUCGUCCUCCAGCUCCAGGAGCAGAGAAGAGAAGAAGAAGGAACAGGAGAAGGAGGAGGAGGAGAACAAAGUGAAGCCUGCUGAGAAGCCUGCCACAGAGGAGGAGGAGGAGGAAGAAGAGGUGUCAGGAGUGAUGGAAGGGGAGGAGGAAGGCGGGGAAGUGGGAGAGGAGCAGUUAACCGAUGGAGACGUAGAGGGAGAGGAGCCAGAGAGAGCAGAGACUGUGGAGAAAACAGUGGAGGAGUCGGAGGAGGUCAAACAGCUUCCUGGUGCUGAUGAUGUCACUUGUGACAAGCCUGGAGAUGUGGACGGUGCUGAAGGUGAGGUAGAGCAGGGGGCGGAGCCUGAGGCGCAAACAGAAGCAGCAGAAACUGAAGAACAGGAGAACAAAGAAGAGCAGAGCACAGAACCAGCAGAGAGUUCAGAGAUGAUGGAGGGAUCAGCAGAAGAGGAUGAGGACUUCCUGGAGAACAUGGAGGACUUUGUGACGCUGGACGAGCUGGUGGAGGAUGACGAUGAAGUUCACGGAGAGUCUGACAAUAUCGACAACACGAGGAGAGGGGGGAUGAGAGUGGUCAACAUAGUCGGCUUCAGACGAGGUUAUAACUUCCUGGAGGAGCUGCUCGGACUCGCUCAACCUUUUGGGAAGCUGGUCAAACACCUGGUGCUGGACCUGAAACCUGAGGCGUAUCUUCAGUUUGAGACGGAAGAAGAAGCUCGCGCCAUGUUUAAGUUUUAUAACAGUAACGUGACGGCGUCUGUGUGCGGCCGACCUGUGAGGAUCAGCCACUCCAUGACCUACCCGACCAUCCAGUGCGGCUCCAGUAAGGUGGUGUACAUCGGUCAGAUCCCCAGCAGUAAAUACUCGGACGAGUCCAUCCUCACCCUAGCCGAGCCGUACGGAAAAGUCAAGAAGUAUUUCCUGAACCGGAUCAAGAAGGAGUGCUUCAUUGAGAUGGAGGAAGUGGAGGAUGCUGAGAAGAUGGCCGAAGACUGCAAAGCAAACCCGCUGAAGUUCAACGGGAAACGUCUGACGGUCUACGUCAGCAGGAAGUACAGACAUCUCAAAUACGGGCAUCGAUUCUCCAGCACACAGAAGAGAGAAAGCAGCAGCCCACCUCCAAAAUCGUCCAAACAUUCGGAAGAACCUCCCGCUAAGAAACUGAAACCGACAGAGGAGGAGAAGGAGAAGAGGGUGGAGGAGGAGCCAGAGGAGAGGAGAGAGGAGGAGACACCAGGCCCUGAUGUCAAUGAAAAGACAGAGGAGACGAUUCCAGAUGCUUCUGAUCAGAACCAGAAGAACAGUCAGGAUGUAGAAAGUGUCCUCAUUAAGGAGGAGGAGGAGAUAUCCACCAAUCAGAACAGAGACACUGAGACUCCCCUGCAGAGCACGCCGUCUCUGCUGCUGCCACUGACAUCGGUGAAACAGGAGGAAAACAUGGAGACAUCAUCGACCAAUCAGAACGGACAGGCCGAGGCUGCCCCGCCCCCUCAAACCAAACCCAGCGUGGCUUCUCUGCCGCUGCCCCCCCACGACCCCGACGCUCCAAUAGGUGUUGAACAUGUGAAGAUGGGUUAUUACUGUCGCGUCUGCUUCCUGUUUUACUCCAAUGAAGACAUGGCCAAAAAGACCCACUGCAGCAGCCAAUCACACUACAACAAGCUGCAGAAAUAUCUGGAGAAGGAACAGACCAAAGCAGAGAAGAAGGUGAAGAAGACGGCCUGAAAAAACACUUAAACCGAUUAUUUCAUUUAAAGAUGUCUUUUUUUUCUGUUUGAAUUGAGACUGAAUGCUGCUCUGACAUUUCAGUUCCCUUUGUAAAGUUUGAACAACCUGUUCAACUUUCUGUUGUCUUAGAUUUUUGUGGAUUUUUACAAAAUAAACCAGUUCUUUCAAA